AUGACAAAACUUCUAUUAUUCCUUUUAUUGUUUUACACUGCCCGGGCUCAGGCUGAAGUCGAUUGUCCUUCUUUAAGUGAUGCCGAUAGUCUGUCGCAGACUCAAUUAUUGGAAAGAUUAACACAUGGCUGUCGCUACGAUCGCCUGGAGCGACCUAUCACUUACACCGAAUCCGGCAGUCGUUUACCGGUUGAUGUUUAUGUUCGCUGGUAUGUUUAUUUUAUGCAAAAUUUAGAGGCCCACGAUUUGCAAUUUAAAAUUCAUGCCUUGUUGCAAUUACGUUUUCUGGAUCCACGUCUUACAUUUCGCAAAGUGGCGCCCAAGCGCAAACAACCAGUAUUGGGUGAAAAACAACUAAGAGAUAAUUUAUGGAUGCCUCAUAUAUUUUUGGCCAAUGAACGCGAUUCCAGUAUAAUGGGUACGAAUGAGAAAGAUAUUCUAACCUCAAUUUCUCCCGAUGGCACCGUUAUUAUAUCGAGUCGCAUUAAGGCCACCCUCUACUGUUGGAUGAAUUUGCAAAAGUUCCCUUUUGAUGAACAGCAUUGUUCUACAUAUUUGGAAAGCUGGAUGUAUAAUACCUCCGAGUUGAUUAUACACUGGGAACAGAAACGUCCCAUAACAUUUGAUCCAGAUUUACAUUUAACCGAAUAUGUUUUGCAGAAAGCCUGGUCUAAUGAAACUGUUAUCAAUGCUGAUUUAAAUGAUUUACGCCACGGUGCUUUUGCAGGCAAUUAUAGUUCUUUGAGUUUUACUGUACAUCUUACUAGAGAAGUUGGUUUCUAUUUAAUGGAUUAUUUCUUGCCAUCCAUGUUGAUUGUGGGUAUUUCAUGGGUAUCAUUUUGGCUGCAAGCAGAUCAGGCUCCACCUAGAAUUAUGUUGGGUACUUCUACUAUGUUGACGUUCAUUACAUUAGCUUCGGCGCAGGGUAAAACCUUACCCAAGGUCAGCUAUAUUAAAGUGUCUGAGGUAUGGUUUCUGGGUUGUACACUAUUCAUUUUUGGCAGUCUACUUGAAUUUGCCUUUGUCAAUACCAUAUGGCGUCGCAAACGUAAUGUGGAUGUCAAAUCAAUGAGCAGCAAACAUAUAUUGAAAUCAACACUCUCACCACGUCUCUCUAGACGUAAAACCUCAAGAUCACGUUCAUUUUCUACGGGCACCACAAUGGGCAGUGAUAAUAUCUCAUUAACUGGAGCUCCAAAAUUCAAUAAUUAUCUAACCGUACACAAUAUACCCAUAACAACAAUCAAUGAACACGAAGUAGCAGAUAACGUCUCCAAAGUAACAACAUUUACUACCAUGACGGAUAAUCGUAAAAUGGAUAUGGGUCUACUGGAACAAGGUUUUGAUAAUGAGACGAAAAAUCGUCAUGGCUGGACCACAUUAACACCCCAAGAAAUAUCACACUGGAUUGAUGCCAAGGCAAGAGUUUUGUUUCCCAUGUCGUUUUUGGUCUUCAAUGCUAUAUUCUGGACUUUUGUGUAUAUAUUUUGAAAAUUGAUACGUAUUAUCUUUUUAUGCUGUAUAUAGGAAAUAAACAGCCCAAUAAUGUAUAAA